GAGCUGUGUCAGCUGUGUGUAAUGUUGAUUUUUAGUGUAAUCUAUAGCGACUGUCUUAAAAAAACCAUUAGAUCUGAACGAAGCCAGUCUAAAUCAGUCAAAACAAACAAAGAAGGUGGUUUGAACAGGUUUGAACAUUCCAUUUUUAGAAAAAUACACAAUAUAAUGUCGAAAUCGGAAAAUCACAGUCCAAAGCAGUUUGCACUGCUUCCUAAAAUAAUCAACGGUGGCAUUGCGGGUAUUAUCGGUGUAUCUUGCGUGUUUCCGCUAGAUUUGGUUAAAACUCGACUGCAAAAUCAACAGAUCAAAUCAAAUGGAGAAAAAAUGUAUACAUCCAUCAAAGCAGCACCAGUAGGAGAUCGAGCGCGCGUCCACCACCGCCCCGCAUCGAGUGUGGGACAUGUUUUGACCCGGCACACGCUACAUCGCCGGAAGAGACGAGCCGUCAACAUCUCGUCUGGAGGCGGUCCAUCCGCCCACGUGCUGGCCCGGAAAGCCAAGUCCCGGCCCGCGCAACAUCAUCGAAGUCGACCGCGCCCUCUUUAUUUUCAGGCAAAAGAAGCAGGAAACCCCGUUCCUAAAACAUCCGCAACCAAAAUUGCUUUGGAGCUUCUCAAAUCAAAAGGAAUCAUGGGACUUUACAAGGGGAUUGGUGCAACCAUGUUACGUGAUAUAUCAUUUUCGGUAGUUUAUUUCCCGCUAUUUGCCACACUUAACGAUUUUGGACCUAGAAAGAUCGACAGCUCCGGCGAAGCAGUGUUUUGGUGGUCAUUUUUGAGUGGGUGUUCUGCUGGUUCAUUAGCGGCAUUGGCUGUCAAUCCCUUCGAUGUAAUCAAAACAAGACUACAAGCAUUAAAAAAAAUUGAAGGAGAAACGCAAUUCAAUGGUGUGGCUGACUGUAUAAGGAAAACUUUAACGAUGGAAGGUCCGCAGGCAUUUUUCAAAGGUGGGCUUUGUCGCAUGAUCGUUAUUGCUCCAUUAUUUGGGAUUGCUCAAAUGGUUUACUUCUUGGGAGUGGCUGAAACGUUACUUGGAGUGAAGCAGGUGAAAACAUAAAAAGUGUGAGUCGAUUGUUAUCUCUCCACAGCAAAAGAUAUCUCAAUUCUCUUUGUAACAAAUUGUGGAAAAUAUUUGUUAUUUGUAAUGAACCCGUUGUAAUCUGCUGCAUUUACAACUGUCGUAAUAAAUUUCUCAUGGUUAAGUUUU